GUCCAGUCUUCAAGUUGCUCUCAAUGAACCAGCUCCUACCUGAAAGCUUCAGCAGCCAAUCUACAGAGGGAAAAGCAGGCAGUUUCAAUUUUCGGUGGAUUUGCUGCUUGCAUAUAGUCUUUAGCUUGAGAAGCGUCCAGCAGCGUUUAGAAGUUCGUCUGCGGGCUGUUUUGCAAUGAUGUGACUUUAAUAACAAAUGGCACAGGUGUUGCUGGAUGUAUUGGUUAGUGGAUGAGUGCAGGCCAGCCGGAGACAUGCCCGCUCAUUUAGCAGGGUUCAAUCGCUCAGCUGGGGAAGUAGUUCAGCUCGGUAACGCGUGUGCGGCGGGUCUGGCGGAGGAGCAGUUGCAGCACUAUGGGCAGUUCAGUUCCAGCGUGUCUAUCAUCCUAGCGGUGCUUAUGGCACUCAUGGUACUCGCUACUGUCUUGGGAAACGCUCUGGUCAUCCUUGCGUUUGUUGUGGAGAAAGGUCUCCGUACUCAAGGAAAUUUUUUCUUCCUAAACCUAGCCAUUGCUGAUUUUUUAGUGGGUGGAUUCUGCAUCCCACUCUAUAUCCCUUAUGUGCUGACUGGCCAGUGGAAGUUUGGGAAAGGCUUGUGCAAGUUGUGGCUAGUAAUGGACUACCUUUUAUGCACUGCUUCAGUUUUUAAUAUUGUCCUCAUCAGCUAUGACAGGUUCAUCUCAGUCACUAAAGCGGUGUCCUACAGAGCACAGAAAGGAAUGACAAGAAAUGCAGUGUUAAAAAUGCUUAUUGUUUGGGUGGCAGCCUUUCUUCUCUAUGGCCCAGCCAUCAUCACCUGGGAAUACAUUGCAAGAACUACUAUCUUACCAGAAGGGGAAUGUUAUGUAGAAUUCUACUACAACUGGUAUUUUCUGAUGAUAGCUUCCACAAUAGAAUUCUUUACUCCAUUCAUCAGUGUUACCUAUUUCAAUCUAAGCAUCUACAUUAACAUCAAAAGGAGAACUAUGAUGAGAAAUGAAGAGAUGGCCCAAGGUCAAGAACAUUGUGAGCUUACUUUUCAAGGAAAAAGAAAAGAGCACUUGAUUUUUUUUGUAAAGCCUGCAGACAGACCCUAUGGUGAAGCUAAAAAACAAGGCGGCACACUAAGCCCUGCAAUGCCUUCUGCUGUAGGAAAUGGUGCACAGGAACUCGAAAGUCCCAUGUUGGAUCUGAAUAUAAAUCAAGACCUUCCACCACUUCAGGUUGAGGUUUCAGCCAAGAAGUCCCAGGACUGCUUUUACAAGUCAGCAGAAAAUGCUUGCUCAAAUAUGAGGCCAGACAUGGCUAGUAGCAUUGCAAACCGUUUUAGGCUAUCCCGAGAUAAGAGGGUUGCAAAAUCCUUAGCCAUCAUUGUUUGUGUGUUUGGGUUAUGCUGGGCACCUUACACUCUGUUGAUGAUCAUCAGGGCAGCCUGCCAUGGUCGGUGUGUCCAGGAUUAUCUCUAUGAGAUAUCAUUCUGGCUGUUAUGGCUGAAUUCUGCCAUUAAUCCUGUACUUUAUCCUCUCUGCCACAUGAGCUUCAGAAAAGCUUUUAUGAAGCUCCUUUGCCCUGGAAAAGUAAAAAUACAUCCACAUAUUUUCAUGUAAAUUGGACUAAAAAGAAAAUGGAACCACACAUCUGAGAAGGAAAAUGUACCCAAACUAUCAUAAAGUCGGAAACUCAGUAACAUUUGGUUUCAUAGAUUAUUGGUAAUCAGUCCUGUAGGAGCUCAGCAAUGAAUUACUUGGGAAUGGAAAAACGGAACACAACUGGCAAUUCAGCUGCUUGUGAUAUGUUCAAGAGCUUGAAUUCCCAACUUAAUAUUUAUGAAAACCUGGGGGGCUAUUUAUUCACACUUUCAUGCAAACAGGGCCAGGAUAAUGAACAAGACAGCUAAUUAGGCUGUGCUUUUGUUACUAUGUUCCGUCUCUCCUUAGAAGAAUAAGGCUUCAUGGACAUAUUUUGUGGGUGUUUGUUAAAAUUCCAUAACAGUCUCAAUGGUGCACUACUUCAUAAGUAUAAACUACGGUCUGCUUAAACUGUGUAGCCUAAACAAGGUUAAGGUACAAUAAUAGGCUUUGAAUUAACUGUAUUUAGUGGUCCUUUUUGGACUAGAAGUAGCAAAUGCCUCUCAAGAAAUGAGCUUAGUGUUUUAAGACAUAAAGGCUGAUUCACAAAGUAUAACAUGCGCAAUAUGUACAAUUUGGACAAAAAUAGCCAUUUUCCCCCAGAACCAGCAUCAUGUUAUGUCUAAUAAAUAUUGUGUGCUGCGCGUUGUGCACAGUUCCAAUGCAGAAGCAAAUUAGUAUCUUGUUUGCUACAUCAUCUGCAGUGCACAAGUUUGUUUGCAUUUUUGCACUUUGCAAUUAUUUGAAUACUGGGGAAAAAACCGUGUACUGUCAAGUAACUAUGAUGCAAAAAUGAUUCUUAAAUAUAUUUGGUACAGGUGUGGGAUUUAUCAUCUGCAAUGCUUGGCACCUGUCAUGGAAAAACAUGUUUUUUUCAAAACACAUCAGUUAAUAGAGCUUCUCCAGCAGAAUCUGACAAUCUGUUUUUCAACAAAGCAAACAUAAUUUUUUAUAUUUAAU